UUCCCCAGUCUUUCACAGUCACACAAUCUAAAAAGGGUCGGAGUCCCGAUAUUCCCACUUGUUUUUAUUGAUUUUCUCAUAUAUAAACGAUUGCUUCUUUUUCACAUUCACACGCAUUGCUCUCGCGCAACGAUGGCAGAUCAUCCAUCAUCAUCACAACUGCCAGAAAUGGUACAAGUCAACAAGGUGGAGGAUCCACCUGUAGAGGUUGCUGGCAACAACACAAAUGACAGUUACAAGGUGGUGGAAGACGAUCGCAAGUCUACUCGCUCUCGCAAAUCAUCAUUGCAUGAAUCCCUUCCCGUCAUUCCUUCCAUCUCUGCUACGCCUGCUCCCGCUGCAUCCGGCCCCAAAGACCUCGUAGAGACCGCAGAAACAUAUGCACUUGUCAAAUCAGAGAAACCGCCCGCCCCUCCCGCCUCCAAACCCGCUCCUGUCAAGCGCAUCUCUUACAUGGCCCUCUUGAUGCGUUACUCGACCAAUCUGGAGCGUCUCUUGAUGGUCAUUGGUCUCAUUGCUGCUUGCGGUGCUGGGGCCGUACUGCCGCUCAUGACCAUCAUCUUUGGUGACUUGACAAACACUUUUGGCGCCGUGCAAAACACAGACAUGUCAGCGUUGACUCCCAUCCAACGAUCCGCCAUCCAGGACGCCAUGCAAGACACCAUCAAUGAGAAAUCCCUCAUUUUUGUCUACCUCGGCAUUGCCAUGUUCUUUGCUACCUACAUUUACAUGGCCACUUGGCUCUUUACCGGGGAAAACAUUUCCCAUCGCAUCCGUGAAGGCUACCUCCAAGCCAUCCUCCGUCAAAACAUUGCCUAUUUUGACUCGACUGGUGGAGGCCAAGUCUCCACCCGCAUCAUCACCGAUACCCAAAUGGUUCAGGAUGGCAUUAGUGAAAAAGUACCCAUGUUUUUCAUGAACUUUGCCACCUUUGUCGCUGGUUUCGCCGUCGCCUUUUCCCACAGCUGGAAACUCACCCUCGUCCUCUUGUGCUGCGUUCCCGCCAUUGGCAUCACCGCUGCCUUUUUGGGACGCUUUGUCGGCAAGUAUACCCGUGAAGGACUCAACUCGUACGCGUCCGCCGGUGAUGUCGCUGAAGAAACCUUUUCCUCGAUUCGCACCGUCACCUCGUUCAUGUCCCAAGAAAAAAUGGCCAAAGUCUACUAUUCCUUGCUCGGCAAGGCCGAGGUCUUUGGCAUCAAAAAGCAAAUCGUGACGGGAAUGGGAUGGGGCUGCAUCCAGUUUGUCAUUUUUUCGACAUAUGCCUUGGCCUUUUGGUACGGCUCCAAAAUGCUCGUGGACAAGGAAGUCCUGCCCGGAGACAUUAUGACAUGCUUCUUUUCCGUUCUCAUUGGUGCCUUUGCCCUCGCUGGUACUUCGAGUGAAGUCACUGCCUUUUCUUUUGCUAUUGGUGCGGGGACAACCUUGUUUGAAGCCAUUGACCGCCUGCCCGAGAUUGACUCGGCAGCCCCAGGCGGUUACCGCCCUAACGAGGUCCAUGGCCGCAUUGUCGUCAAGGACGUGAAAUUCCGAUACCCCUCGCGUCCCGAAGUCGUUGUCCUCCACGGCAUGACCUUGACCAUUGAACCGGGAACGACUUGUGCGUUGGUGGGAAGUUCAGGUUCAGGAAAGUCGACCAUUAUUCAGCUCCUCGAACGUUUCUAUGACCCAGAAUCGGGCACUAUUCAUCUCGACGGUGUUGACAUUACCACCCUCAAUGUCAAAUGGCUCCGUCAGCAAAUUGGUUAUGUGACCCAGGAACCCGUCCUGUUCAAAGGGACCUUGUGGGAGAAUGUCGCGCACGGUCUCGUUGGCACAGCCGACGAACAACUGCCAAAAGAGAAGAAAAUGGACAAGAUUAUCGAGGCAUGCAAGUUUGCCAAUGCCCACAACUUUAUCAUGGCCCUACCCCAAAAGUACGAAACCCGCAUUGGUGAGCGCGGUCUGCUCCUCUCGGGUGGUCAAAAGCAGCGUAUCGCCAUUGCGCGAGCCAUUGUUAAGAACCCACCGAUUCUCUUGCUCGACGAGGCCACGUCCGCCCUCGACACCGAGUCUGAAAAACUGGUCCAAGAAGCGCUUGACCGCGCCGCGCAAGGCCGUACGACCAUUGUCAUUGCCCACCGACUCUCCACCAUUCGGAACGCAGAUAAUAUCAUUGUCAUGGACCAAGGCAGAAUCAUUGAGACGGGUACUCACCAUUCCUUGGUGGCAAAAGAAGGCGGGUUUUACCGUAAGUUGGUGGAAGCACAGCAGAUUAGCGCCAAAAAGGAAGCAGAAGCAGAAAAGGCGAAACCCAAGGUGGACCCUGACGCCGUUGCCCUUGAGGAUGAGCAAGAACCAGCAAAGGGUCUUGUCAGAGCCAACUCUGUGCACUCGACCCAUAGCACCCGUUCGGGUAAAAGCAUACCAGACGUGUCAACACCUGGCAAGACACCUCAACCUUCGACUCUCGACACCCUCCGGAUUUUUAACAAGAUUAUGAAGCUGAACCGUGCGGAAGCCCACUACAUUGCGCUCGGUCUCCUCGGUUCCAUUGUCAAUGGCAUCACCCAACCCGUGUUUGCUAUCCUCUUUGGACACUUUAUCAACGUCUUUUUCAUCGUGAAUGACGAUGCCAAAUUACGGCACGAUGCAGAUUUUUGGGCGCUCAUGUUUUUGGUGAUUGGGAUUGCCAAUUUGUUUGCGAGUUUUAUAAAGUUUACCAUGUUUGGAAUUUCGGGAGAAAAGUUGACCACUCGCCUGCGUGACAAGUCGUUCCGGACCAUGAUGCGUCAAGAUAUUGCGUGGUUUGACGUGGAAGAACACUCUGUCGGAGCUCUCACGUCCAACCUUUCCAACGACGCCCAAAAUGUGCAAAACAUGUCUGGCCAAAUUGCUGGUAACCUCCUCGAACUCACCACGUCAAUUCUCGGCGGUGCUAUUGUAGCCGUCGCGACGGGAUGGAAGCUCGGUCUGGUUGUCUUGUCGACCCUCCCACUCAUGGUCGCCGCCAACAAACUCCGGAUGGAUUUGAUUCGAAAGGGGAACCAAGCCACAAAGAUUUACUAUGAGCGGUCAGCUCAAGUUGCUUGUGAAGCCGUGGCAGCCAUGCGCACCGUUGCGGCCCUCAGUCGUGAAGAGGAUGUGGCUCAGGUCUACCACCACGACUUGGAAGAGCCUCUACGAAUCGGUCGCCGAAAUGCCAUUGGGAAUACCGCCAUUUACGCCUUCUCUCAAACCGUCACGUUCUUGAUCAACGCCCUUGGGUUCUGGUACGGUGGUAAACUCAUUGUCACGGGAGAAUAUGGGGGCUCGGACGGUGUGCGCACCUUUUUCACAACGUUUAUGGCCAUUGUCUUUGCCUCCCAAGCCGCGGGCCGUGUCUUUUCGCUCAUGCCCGAUGUUGGUAAAGCGCACGAUUCCGCUAAAUACAUGUUGGACCUCUUUGAGCGCAAACCCCCGAUUGACAACUGGGACCCCUCUGGCACGAGCUUGGACAAGGCUACCACCCAAGGCAAAGUUGAAUUCAAAAACGUCCACUUUGUCUACCCCAACCGGCCAUCCAUCAAGGUCCUCCGUGGCCUCGACCUUGUUGUCAAACCAGGCCAAUUCGUUGCCUUGGUUGGCCCUUCGGGUUGCGGCAAAUCCACCACCAUUGGCCUCAUGGAACGAUUUUACGACACUGUUUCUGGCACCAUUACCAUUGACAACCAACCCAUCAAUUCCCUGUCCAUUUCCAACCUCCGCGAGAUUGUAUCUCUGGUAGGCCAAGAGCCCAACCUCUACAACCUAACCAUCAAGGAAAACAUUUGCUACGGCCUCCCUUCCAUGCCCUCUGACGAAACCAUUAUCCAAGCCGCCAAAGACGCCAACAUUCACGAUUUCAUCACAUCCUUACCUGAUGGGUACGAUACCUCUCUAGGCGGAAAGGGCACCCAACUCUCUGGCGGCCAAAAACAACGCGUGGCCAUUGCCCGUGCUUUAAUCCGUAACCCCAAAAUCCUCUUGCUCGACGAAGCGACAUCCGCCCUAGACGCCACCUCUGAAAAAGUCGUCCAAGCCGCCCUUGAUAAAGCUUCCCGGGGCCGUACGACCAUUGCUAUUGCACAUCGGUUGAGUAGUAUCAAGGAUGCUGAUGUGAUUUAUGUAUUCAAGGAUGGUGUUGUUGCAGAGUCGGGGACUCAUCAGAGUUUGAUUGCCGAACGGGGACUGUAUUAUCAGUUGGUUGUUCAGCAGGAUUUGAGUGGGUAGACAGUUUGGGAAUGGGGUUUUUUUGGUGUGUUGUAUUUUUUUUGUUCUUUUUAGAUUUUAAUACAUGCCCUUGAAAAGAAUACUGAAUGGGAC